ACCAACACUUUUUCAUUCAGGAAGAUAAAACUGAAGAAACUAUUAUGCAUGACAACAUUUACAAAUGAAAGUUGCCCCAAGCACCUGAAGUCAUAUGCCCAUGGCAAUGAAAAUUAUAUUGAUCUUGUCACCACCAGGUUAGAGAAGUGCCUGCAAGAAUCUUUCCAGAGACACUUCUUUGCCUUUUGUCUUGUUAAAAUACUCCCAAAGAUAUAGCUCUCUUGACUAAAAAUAAAAUGGAAGCCUUAGAAGUUGAUGACAUCAGUCCAGCCUUGGAGGUGACUGAAGACUUCUUCAGUACCUUUGAUGCUAAGCUGGAAAAUGUGCAGCCAUUGGAAGUUUAUGGAAUUCAGGAGAUUCCUGAACUAGUUGGAUGUGAAACAUUUAAUAAAAUCACAGCCUGUGGAGAUGUAAGGAACAUUGCUUCUUUAGGGAAGAAUAACCUUGUUUGGGCACAUUGCAAAAAUGGAGUUUCAGAAACCAAAGUAGAGACUGCAUUUCCUGCCAAAGAACAGUUUAGAGUGCAAAGGGGAAUGGUUCCAAACAACCUCUCCUGGGUUGAACAGGGGGAGGCUUCAACUUUUAAUAUCUUUAACAUCUGCCAGAGGAGGAAGGAUCGGCCCCGUUCUGUGAAUGAUGUUAUAGCACAAAAUGAGAAAACUUCCUCUUUCAAGCCAGGCCAUAACCGGUCACAUUCCGAUAUCAGCCACGUAGAUUGGGGCAUCAUCUUCAAUGGUGCCUCUCCCCAACAGCUGUCUAAUCAGGCGAGCCAAUGUUCUAAACAUUCAUUUACACCAACUGGAUUCAAAAAGGGAAAAGACAUUCAAGGGAAUACUGAACACAAGCCUACGUUUUCAAAUAUCUUGAAGAAAGGGUAUGUAGAAAUUAAGAACAACCAUGGCAGUUACUGGCAGGCUUGUUAUGCAGAACUCUCUCCAUAUGAACUUUGUCUGUAUCAGCUUGACAAAAGCGGCAACCAGAACCUUCCAACAGUCUAUCUGCUUUUGCACUUCCAAAGCAUCAAUGUGGAAACCAAUGUAGUUGAUGCAGUCCUGUUCAAUAAUUUGCACCUGCAACUCAAAGCAGAAUCACCUUGGGAAGCUUUGGACUGGGGGCAAAAGCUUCGGCAAGCUGUUCAUUCUUCAGUUCCGUCGUUUCUGAGGCCCAAAGGAGACUUGGUGAACUCACAGAAGUUAGAUAAUACUGAGAGCAGCCUCACUCAAAACCAUGGCUUACAGAAGGAACCUGCUGAAUUUUUCCAGUUGACAUCUUUGACCCCAAACAUCAAGGACUACCAAAGCAUUAUCAAAUCAGGGAUUCUUUACCGAUUGACUCUCCAGAAUAACUGGAAAGCAUUCCAUUUUGUACUCAGUGGGUCUCUUCUCAUGGCAUUUCAGAUUGGUGGGCUUGAUGAGGACCCUCUGUGGAGCUACAAUACUGAGGCAUGCCUCUCUGUUCAAACUGAUAUUCUGGAUGAUUGUGACUCUUGUUUUCAGGUGAUCUUUCCUCAAGAUGUGCUUCGUCUACGUGCAGAAACCCUUCAAAGAGCUCAGGAAUGGAUGGAGGCUUUGAAGGCUGCAACCAGAGCAGCCAGCUUAGGGCAAAACCUGCAGGUGACACUUAGAAACAAAGUCCAAGGCCUGUCUUGUGGAAAAGAACAUAGGAAGAUCAAGCGCCAGUCUGUCACCACCAGUUUUCUGAGCAUUCUAACUACGUUGUCCCUGGAAAGAGGCCUAACUGCUCAGAGUUUCAAGUGUGCAGGUUGUCAGCGCUCUAUUGGCUUAAGCAAUGGGAAAGCAAAGGUAUGCAACUACAGUGGAUGGUAUUACUGCAGCAUCUGUCAUGUUGAUGACACCUUUCUAAUUCCUGCACGGCUAGUUCAUAACUGGGACACUUCAAAAUACAAGGUAUCAAAGCAAGCCAAAGAGUUCCUGGAAUAUGUUUAUGAAGAGCCCCUGAUUGACAUCCAGCAAGAGAAUCCUAUAUUGUACAGACAUGUCGAGCCACUAGCAAGUGUGGCCCGUCAAAGACAGCAACUGAAAUCCCUCCGAGCCUAUUUAUUCAGCUGCAGAGCAGCAGUGGCCGAAGACCUGCGAAGGAGGUUAUCGAAGGGAAGCUGGCCCCUUUCCUUGGGAAAGUAAUAAAGUUUGCUACCUCCCAUGUAUACAGCUGCAGCCUUUGUAGUCAAAAGGGAUUCAUCUGUGAGAUCUGUAAUAAUGGUGAA